GUAAGAACCUUCAGCAUUGGUUAUAUGCUACCAUUUGGGCAAUCAUGUUGUGUGAAUUAAAUGAAGUCACUGAUCAUCUUUUUAUCUCAAGUGCCAGAUCUGUUUCUGAUGAUUCUCUUCGUCAGAAAGGAAUAACUCUUGUUAUAAAUUGUAGUAUGAUGACGCCAAAUUAUUCAACAGCCAACAUCAAAUACAUUCCAAUUAUACUUGAAGAUAACGAAAAAACAGAUAUUGGGCGCUAUUUUGAUGAAGUCAUAAAUUUAAUACAUGAAGAAUAUCUUGAAGGAGGAAAAACGCUUGUAUAUUGUGUUGCUGGCAUUAGCCGUUCAGCAACAUUUUGUAUUGCUUACUUAAUGAAGCAUAACGAAAUGAAUUUGCGAAAUGCCUUUAGACAUCUCAGAUCAAGGCGAAGAAUAGUCCGUCCUAACAAUGGGUUUUUCAGACAGUUGAUAGAAUUUGAGAAACGUCUUUACAACGAAACUUCAGUUCAAAUGGUCCGUGUUCCAAAUGCUGAUACACCUGAUUGUAUGGUUCCAGAUGUUUUCUAUGAAGUAUGUAAGGGUAUUGUUUGGCUUAGAAGCUGCAAGAAUUCUUUAAGAAGGUGACUCGGAUGUUUUUUACCAAAACAUCCGAGCUACUUUGAAUACUUGUAAAUAUUCAUUACAUUCUAGUACCUGUCUUCAAUGCUCAUAAACAAUUUUGUAAUAUGAUAGAAAACAAAGGUGCAUGGUUUGUAUUGCGGAAUAGAUUAUGUAAUUUUGUAAGAUGUAUUUUAUUCUUGAUUAUUUUAUUCUUUUAUAUAAACUAAAAAUCUUUAAUAUUUGGGUCUUAAAAUAGUUAUAAAAUAUUUAUUUUUUAAAAGAGAUUGUCAUUUUAUCAAUGAUUUAAAACAAGGUUUCUUAAAACUGGUGUUUUUAUUGGAGAAGAGGAUUUUAUAGGAUUGUGUGCUAUUGAUAAUAUUAAUAAAAUUAUCUUGUGCUACAAGAUUUUUACUGCAAUAAUUGAUUAAUCAUUACAUGUAGUUUUCUGAACAAUUUCCUUUUAUUCAAAAUAAGUAAUGAGAAUUUUUAACUGAAAUAUUCUUGAAUUCAUAAAAUUUAAGAAACCAUGUUUUAGAAACAAUACAUCAUUUUGAAAAAGAAAAACUGUUUUAUCCAUUUUUUUUUAACAUAAAUAUGUUUGAUAUCGACUAGAUUAGAAAUUGAUAAGCAUAUGUGAAAAUUUUAUGUAAUUUAUAAUCUUACAUUGAAUUCAUUGCUUCAUGUUGAAAACUGACAAUGUCUUGCAUUUCAUAUUAAUAAUUACUGCUUCUAGUAGUAAGAAUUUUAUCAGUAUGAGGAAUACCUUGUCUUAUAUAUAAAAUGUUAAAAGCAGCUUAAAUA